GUACCUAUCUAUUAUCGGUCCUAGUCCGCCGCAGGUAGACAAAAUAUUCGUCAUACUAAUUAGUGCAUAAAUUAAGUUCUCUCGAUUCCGUUCCUAAGACGAGCACGUAUGUGAAAUAGAGAGCUCAAUCUAUUUUCGUGGGAAUUAAUCAUAGAUUUUUUUUUGUGAAAAAAAAGUGAAGAAAAAAAAAAACUUAUUGAGGAUUCUUAAUAUGUUCGGAAUCUGAAUCGGGAUUUGACAGGUAACUUAAAGUUUUUUUUCUACAGAAUUCCUUAACAAUGAAGAAAUCCAGUGUUUAUAUACUUUCCUUGUUGGUUUUGUUGAAUGUCUUUAGACUACUACAUUCAUACGAGUGCCCGGAGUACAUGCGGCGCCGAUACGACUUUAUUGUAGUUGGAUCUGGAUCUGCAGGAACAGUUCUCGCCGCGCGACUCUCAGAAGAUCCGGACCACCGUGUUCUCCUGGUGGAGGCCGGCGAGUCUGACAGGGAGAGGAAGGAAACUCCGUACAUGGACAUCCCUGCCCUAUAUCCCCUGCUAGUGAACUCCAGUGUAGAUUGGGGAUAUUACAGCGUACCGCAGAAAUACGCAGGAUACGCCUACAAUAACAGGCAAUUUCCUCUCCCUCAAGGAAAAGUUAGUGGAGGAACAUUCAGUAUCAACAAAAUGAUUUAUCAGCGAGGAAGUCGACACAUCUAUGAUUAUUGGGCAUCAUCCGGGGCAUCGGGUUGGAGCUUCCGGGAAAUUCUGAAAUACUUCCGGCGGUCCGAGGAUAUCGCUGUUCCCGAGUUAGCUAGAUCAACGUACCAUGAGAGGUGUGGUAACCUCCGCGUGUCUCGUUUACCUCCCAGCCCCUUCCUUAACACCUAUCUGAAUGCUGCCAACACCCUGGGAUACAAAACCAUCAACUGUAACGAGGGAGCAGAUAUUGGUAUCUGCAGGAUACAUACUAACAUUAAGUUUGGUGAGCGAUGGAAUACAUUGAAGGGAUUCAUAAGGCCUGCUCUGGGGAGACGAAACCUUGAUAUGGUCACAGAUGCACAUGUCUCCAAGGUAUUGAUUUCCGACAGAAGAGCUAAAGGAAUAGAGUUCAUACAUCGAGGAAUUUCCUUCAGUGUCCAGACAGAUAAAGAAGUGAUCCUGGCGGCCGGAACUUACGGAUCACCAGCAAUCCUGAUCCGAUCUGGCAUCGGACCACGUGACCAACUACAGAAACUUCAGGUACCACCCAUCUCUUUGGUUCCAGUUGGAGAAUCUCUUCAGGACCAUCCUACAAUCAGUCUUAGAGUUCUUGUCCAGCAACCAACCAUCAAACCACACGCUAUUGCUGACCAGGUGAAAAACAACCAGUAUCUAUUUCAGAGAACAGGAUUGCUAGCAGAACUUCGUGGCACCGAGGCUCUACUGACGUUCCAAUCUGACCCGACCUCUAUUAUCGCUUAUCCUGACCUUCAGAUAACCUUCACAAGUUCUCUUGGUGACCAUGACCCAAUGAUUGACUACGUAGGAAAUAAAAAUAUUUCUUUUAUAAAGUCCUGGUUCUCCUUAGCGAGAGGCAGAGAUGGUAUAACUCUCAACAUCAAACUGUUACAUCCCACAAGCAGAGGGACAUUAACAUUGAAUAGUUUGGACCCAAAAGUUCCUCCUGUCAUAGACCCGGGAUAUUUAUCAUCUCCUGAUGAUGUCAGAGUUCUUAUAAAAGGAAUCAGAAAAGCACAGGCACUGAUACAAACACCACAGUUUCAGGAAAUGAAAGCCUCUUUGGGACCUUCCUUCUCGGGUUGUCUACAUUUUGCACGUGACUCUGAUGCAUACUGGGAUUGUUAUAUUCGCCAUUUCAUGGAACCAGGGCACAACCCUGUCUCAACAAAUAAAAUGGGAUCCGUAAAUGAUGGUUCAACAGUUGUUGGUCCCGAUUUGAAGGUAAAGGGUAUAACUGGUCUACGUGUUGCUGACGCUUCAGUUAUCCCAGAAAUAACGGACUAUACAAACGCAGCGACAAUCAUGAUAGCAGAGAAAGCUGCCGACCUGAUCAAAAGUGAUAUUAACCAGCCAGUGUAGAGUCAAAAGUGAUAUUAACUAGCCACUGUGGAGUCAAAAGUGAUAUCAACCACUGUAGUGAUAACAAAAGGAAAAACAUUAGAUCUCGUGGGGAAGGAAUAAGAUUACUAAAAAAUAAAGCUAAAACACAGGAAUUGUUUCUAACAUAUUUUAUUUCUCGCUUCUGUUUAAUGCUGACAUUUCUGCCUGCCUUGUAUUUCAUGAUAUUUUAAGCUUACAAAAUUCAAAAUUUGGAAAGGGACACAGAAAACAACUUUACCUAAGGAUUCAAUUCCUAUAAGUAAUACUGAUUCAUAUACAGUGAAACCUGUCUUAUCCGGCAUGCUGAGGGAAAUAAAAACAAUGUCGGAUUAGGCAGUGUGUCGGAUUACCCAGUGUUGAAUAUUUCUGAGCAUUAUCAUU